AAUGAGACUAUAAUCAUCUAUUUAUUCAUUUGAACACUUGUAUCUUACGCUGUUAAAAAACAGUAUUAUUUAUAAGUACAUACAUCCAUGCAGUAUGACUGAUGUAAGGAUUAAACCAUUUGCGUCUGUACGUGGCGUGCUGACGUAUGUCCUUACGCGCAGACGCCAGUGUGUACCCGGAAGUUGUAACAUCUCUAAUGUGGGAAAAGUUUUAAGAGGAUUUUAAUGAAUAGUUUUUAAUUUAUUUUACCACAACACAAAACCACGUAAAUAAUGUUUCUGGGACGCUGUAACAACGCGAUUAUUUCGGACCGUUUUCAAGUCACGAGUAAAAAUAUUUCUUAUUUGUUUGACUUUGACAGAAGACACAGGGCAAGUUUCCUCAGUGUUGUUACUCUCGGGGCAAGUUGCUGGCGAAUGCACCCUGCUUUUCGCAAAAUAUUCGCGUUAAGGCAUGAAAAGGGGAAAACGCUGUACACGGUUGCAUUUCAACCGCCAUUUAAUAAAAGUGGGACAGAUACUGGCUCGCUUUGGGCAGGUGUGCGGUGGUCGCUGGUCAGAGGUAAGACACUGCAUACAAACGUAACUCACUCAGUCACAGCUUUGUCAGGGGUCGGGGUGGAUCCCGAGAUACUGGGAACACUGGGCAUGAAUACACUCUGGAUGGGACGCCAGUCCAUCACAGGGAACCAUGCACACGCACACAUUCACUCACACCUAGACAACAACAGAAAUUAUAAUGGUUUCCACUAUUUCCACCAUUACAAACCAUCAGCUAACCAUUAAAACCAUUACCAUUAUUGGUCCUUAAUGGUAUCCACCAAUAGAAGGCAACAAAUUACUAAUAGAGACCCACAGGGCCCAUUACAGUUUCCAUUAAAACCAAUACAAUUCCCAUUAAAACCAUUACAAAUACUAUGAGGGUUUCUAUUGUUUUUUUUUUUUUUCAGCAGGGUGGAGAACAUGCACAGAAACUCUACACAGACGGUAAACCAGAGCUCCGGAUCGAGCCGAUAGAAAGUUAACCAGACUUAAAGUGUAGCUGGAUUUUCCUACAAAAUAAACCUUUAAUAGUCACGAUGACACUUCUAAAAAGGUUCUGGACUCGUGCCCAAUGUUAGCAACACUCUUCAGGGGAAAAGUAGUUAAGGCAUGAAGUCUCCAGAUGGCAUCAUGGAUUUAUUUGCAUAUUCCUUGAAUUGGCAUGAUAAUUUCCAUAUCAAAAUUGUGCAUGUCAUAUUAAAGCUGGUUUAUACUUGUUGUUAACUACGAGUACGCGUGGUAAGAUUGGUACCACUACAGCUAUUUGGUGCUUUUCUUGUGCACGUCCAAUGUUUUUUUUUUAUCACUUGGAUAAAUGGGUGGGUUCAAACAAAAAGGUGCCAUGUUCUAAGUUGUUAGACACAUCUAGCUGUUUAUAUCAGGUCAUUCUGAUCUAUUCAAACCCAGAUGUCUUCAGCGUAUAGCAAAAACAAAAUACUUCCCGAGGCGACUGUAUGCAAGCAAGUACAUGCACGUACGCAUGGUGAAAGUGAAGUAUAUUUGUGCCAUUACAUGGAGAUUGUCUCAAGACAUGUAGUAAAGAAUAGUUUUAUUAGAAUAGAAAAUUAUAACAUUUUUAUUAUAGAAAGAAGUAGGCUUUGGUCAUGGCACAACAACCUAACUAUGUAUAGGUAUUUACAAAAUACUACCAUCCAUCCAUCCAUCCAUCCAUCCAUCUUCUACCGCUUACUCCUUCUUCAGGGUCACAGGGGAACCUAGAGCCUAUCCCAGGGAACAUCGGGCACAGGGUGGGGUACACCCUGGACAGGGUGCCAAUCCACAAAAUACUACCUUUUUUUUUUAAAAUCAAGAAUGCAGACAAAAAGAAGCACCGGGAUAUGGUUAUGGGAGGAAUAACUCAAUUUUAUUGAUUGUAUAUAUAGUCAAGAUGACCGAUUAAAUUGAAGAACAAAGAAGUGUAUGGGUGGGACAAACAAUGGUGAUCAGUAACUGGUCUGUGGGAAAUAAUGCUCAAGUCAAAUUCCUAGUUUAAAAAUGUACAUAUUUUUUUUACAUGGCUUCAUUUUGGGAUGAUCAUGACCGAGAUCUGAGAUAGAUUACUGCAAACCAAACCAGUUUGAUGACUGUUUUUGAAAUGUUACACUCAAAUAUUUAAUCCCAAAUCAUGUUCUUUAUAGAGUUGAGCACCUCCAUUAAAGUGAUGCAGUAUGACUUGAUGAGAUCAGACCUUGCCAAAUCUGGCCACAGAAGGCUUCUCUUUGAUACACAUGCAAUGAUCCAACUCCUGGAAGAGAGUGGGUUCACAAUCCAGCAGGCUGAAGUUAUUGUUAAAGUAAUGCUCAAUACAACCAACUCCAACAUGGACAUCAUGUAUAGUGAUAUGGUCACCAAGACUCAGCAAGAGAUCAUGUUACAGAAGGUUAUGUCUCAGAUUGCUGCAGUCAAAAAAGACAUGAUCAUUUUGGAGAAAAGUGAAUUUUCCGCAUUACUGGCAGAGAACGAAAGAAUUAAAGUACAGCUUUCACAGGUGAAGAUGCAGCUCUCAGAUAUGAUGAAUAAAGUAUGCUUAGACAACAAGCUAGAUGUGAACUUGGAAAAAAGCCAGGUGAAAGAGAUGAAAGCAGAGCAUGAAAAGAUGAUCUUGGAGGCCAGAAACCACAUGAUGGAGAUGCUCGCUGAGCAGGACCGUCAUGUGACUCAGAACAAUGUGAAAAUCGACACAGAAGUGGCUGGCCUGAAAACCAUGCUGGAAUCUCACAAACUGGACAGUAUCAAGUAUCUAGCAGGGUCAGUGUUCACAUGUCUCACAGUAGUACUUGGAUUCUUUCGGAUAUGGAUGUGAAUGCAGAGAAAUCUCCUUAAAAAAAAAAAAAAAGAAGAAAUAUAUCCCUUCACCUCCAGAGAACCACGAAAUCCUAAAGAAGCAUCGUGUCUGAGUAUGCCAUUAACUCCUGCUUCUCAAACUGACAUAAUAAUUAGCCGGAUCUGUCAGGUUCUGACAUUCCUAAUGUUGCGCUCUGUUGCGCUCUGGUCCAUGUGAGGAAAUUCUCUGCUGCUGAGAACAAUUUUUUUUGUAUAUCCA